UGGGACAGAGGGUUUGUUACAGACCCUAACACUCUGCUCUUUCUCAGAACUGCAUUGUUCCUAUUGUGGAGCCAGAGAUCCUCCCUGACGGUACCCAUGAUCUAAAACGAUGCCAGUACAUCACAGAGAAGGUGCUGGCUGCUGUUUACAAGGCUCUGAGCGACCACCACAUUUACCUUGAAGGAACCCUGCUCAAACCCAACAUGGUGACCCCCGGGCACUCCUGCACACAGAAGUAUAGCGCUGAGGAAAUUGCUAUGGCAACAGUGACUGCCCUGAGACGCACAGUACCCGCUGCAGUACCAGGUAUCACCUUCCUGUCUGGAGGUCAGAGUGAGGAGGAAGCUUCCAUCAACCUGAAUGCCAUCAACAAGUGUCCCCUGCACAAACCAUGGGCUCUGACCUUCUCAUAUGGACGUGCCCUGCAGGCCUCCGCUCUGAAGGCCUGGUCUGGGAAGAAGGAGCAAACCAAAGCAGCUGAGGCAGAGUUUAUCAAGCGAGCUCAGGCUAACGGACUGGCUGCCCAGGGGAAAUACACUGCUAUGGGACAGGCAGGAGAAGCUGCCGGUCAGUCCCUCUUCGUCGCUGACCAUGCUUACUGAGGGGACCAUCGCCACCGAGGGUCAGGCAGUUCGAAGGUCGUGCGGCCGCCCCUGACCCACACCCCACAAACCCAAACCCAAACCACUCCGCAAACUCAUCAGCCUCCCCCUCUACCCAUAACACUCCUGCGGCUCCGGACCCUGCCCACCCGCAGCUGAGUGGCUGCUCGCCUGUGGUGGGCAUCGUGCUGGCCCUGACUCCCAAAUCGGGGGGACAGCAUUGAGUCCUCUCCCUGCACUCCCAGUGUGCACACUUUGUGAUGUUUUUGUUGAGCCUGUGCUGUCUCAUGUACUGGUCUGUGUGUCACCCCCAACCUUCCCUGUCCCACUGUAACCCCCACCUACUGACCUGAGCUUCAUUUGUCAUCCAUCUCUGUGAGUGUGCGUCUCCUGGUAAUUAAUGUCAUCGCAGGCACUGCUCUGAGUCCAGAGACUGAGCUCCAAACGGGAAGCUGUCUUUCUGUCAAAAGAUCAUGCAGAGUGUAAUAAAUCUGGAAUAUAUUUAA